CUCGGCCACCAUGCGUGAGUGACAGCCGGAAAGUGCAUCUCUACCGCAUCCUCCCAUUUGCUCCGAAACACAGAGAAUGCAAUUGGUAUCUGUUGGUUUGAUAGAUUAAUCGUGGGCUUUUUAAGCAGUUUUAAAUGUUAAAAGUGUGUAAACAUAGACCAGGAGUUUUAACGGGAAGAAACUGAAAUUGUUACGAAAAUGAACGAGACAGAGAACAUCCCUCUUGCAGAAUACGAUUUCGAAAGAAAAUUCGAUGAAAAGGGGGCUCUCGAAUGGAUGCAAGAAAACUGGAGCAAGUCGUUUAUGUUCUGUGGGCUGUAUGCUGCGAUCAUCUUCGGGGGCCAACACUUCAUGAGAGAGAGGCCCAAGCUAAACCUGCGCCGACCCCUCGUCCUCUGGUCACUCAGUCUGGCCAUCUUCAGUAUCAUCGGAGCGGUCAGAACCGGUUGGUACAUGUUCCAUGUCCUCAACAAAAGCGGUUUUAAGCAGUCGGUGUGUGACACCAGCUUCUACAGCGCCCCUGUCAGCAAGUUCUGGGCCUACGCCUUCGUCCUGAGCAAGGCCCCUGAGCUAGGCGACACGGUCUUCAUCGUGCUCCGUAAGCAGCGCCUCAUCUUCCUCCACUGGUACCACCACAUCACAGUGCUGGUCUACUCCUGGUACUCCUACAAGGACCAGGUGGCCGGCGGCGGCUGGUUCAUGACCAUGAACUACCUGGUCCACUCCUUCAUGUACACCUACUACGCUGCCCGGGCGGCAGGUUACCGGGUGCCCCGACCCUGUGCCAUGGUCAUCACGGCCACCCAGAUCAUGCAGAUGAUGAUGGGGCUUGCUGUCUUAGGCUUGGUCUACCACUGGAUGCACGAAGUGCGCUGUCCCUCCUACAUGCCCAACAUCGCCUGGGGCUCUCUCAUGUACCUCAGCUACCUGGUCCUGUUCGCCUCGUUCUUCUACAAGUCCUACCUCAGGGGCGCCGCUGACAAGGUUGGCAAGGAAUCCAAGGCCGAGUAGGGUCUGGAUUCGUCAGAGGCAAGUUGUACACUGGGAAAGUCAUAUUAGAGUGUGUGCCUAGUCGAGAAGAAUAUCGCGUUGUGCCAUGAUGUGAGUCACAACUGGUUUUAAUGGUUGCUGGGUCAGUGCCAGUUGUGACAAGCCAUCUCCCCCGAACCCCCCCCCCCCGCCUUUGUAUAGCUGUAGCUCAUCUAAUCAACUAGAACCAUGGAUUACACAAUAAUAGAACGGUCGCUGAGAGUGGACCGAGGAACCAGUGCAUGGUCAGCACACUUUAAUAUACUAUGGUCAAUUAAUGAAAAAAAGGGAGUAGACAGAGAUUGAAAAAGGCGAUAGACAGAGAGCAGGUCAGUUUAUUUGACUAAUGCACUACUCGCUUCAUUUUGAUUUCUUGGCUUCGUUAAUCAAUCUCUUUGACCAGCUGCUUCAGUCAGAGUCCAGUGAAAAACAGCCAUAUGUGGCCUGAGGCGUCUCCAAGGGCAGUUUACAACUGCAUUUGCAGUCUGCACGUUCAAUGAAUUUGACAGUCACAAGACAUCAUUCAUACAGAAAGACUGACUUCUAGUGAAAUCUGGUGCUCUUUAGACCAGCGCUGAAAAUUGUCUCACUAACUUAUAGUAAGUAUAUUGAAGUGACGAUCAAAAGGCAUUAAUGAAGGAUAGUUUCUUUGUUUUAGUUGUUGGGAAUUUUCUGGGAAUGGGUGAGAGGAGAGGAGCGCACUGAAGGGAGUGACACUCGGAACAAUGUGUCCAUUGUAAAUAAUAUAUCUUAAGAAUGUAUUUAUUUUCUUAAAAUCUCAAGUCUCUGGUGGUACUUAAAGUGUACCAGGAAAUAGUGGGACUCACUAAGGUUCUGCCUGUCUUAAAUUGUGCAGUUUGAGUUGUGCACUUUUGUAUUUUAAACAGUUUUCUUUACAUCACAACAAUUAGUUUUGUAAGUCUUUCUACAUCUGUUCAUUAAAGAAAGGGAAGUCCCCUGGCACCACGUUGCUUCUUAAAGGGAAAGGUAAUUAAGGUUAUCUUUGCUUCUUAAAGUGAAGGUCAUGAAGGUUAUCUUGGCUUCUUAAAGGGAAUGUCAUGAAGGUUAUCAUAAUGUCUGUGUGGUAAGAGUUGCAUUGUCAUAUAAGAACUAUUUGAGUCUAGGAGGUAAACUUUUUAGAUUUUCACAUUUGACAGAUAUUCCUUUUCUACAUGGUAGAAGCAAAUAUCCACAUUCUAAUAUACCAGUAUGAAAACCCAGCAUAGCAAGAUAGAUUAUGACGUUACACAAAGAGGCACAUUCCAUUUUAUUUCCUCCUAUUUUAAAUAUGACCACCAGUGUACAUUGGAUACAUUGUGUAAGUAGGGGCUUAGGUCAAGACAGCAAAAUAGUUUUUGUUGUUGUCUAGAAAUCUAGUAGAUGCAGAAAGUAGUGUCUUGUAAGCACACUUAACCACUAGUGAGUUUUAACCCUUGGCAGCUUGUGUUUGUCUUCCUUUAUGUUUGUAAUAGAGCUGUACUGUACUAUCUCCCUCCUAACUAUCCUUCUAGAGCCAUACUGGUGUGAGCACAUGUUCUUUAAUGUAUGUUUGUAUCACACUGAGAGUAGUUACCAUGGCUUAAAGUACGGGACUCUUUUGAAGGGUAAUGGUAACUACUAACACUUGCCUAACACCUGCCUUCAUAAGCACUACUUAGAACCCCCAUAUCACAAGCUGUGACUUCAAGUGUCAUAGAUCUCAUACUCUUAUCUGUAGGUUUAUUAGCUUCCAACACAAAGUGAGACGGUCUAGCCUGUACAGGACUGGUAGUCGGCAAAUGUCUUAAAUGGAAUUUUCAAAAUUGUUCAACUUCUUAUUCAUCUCCAGCACUACUCCAACAUCAUGCAUCAUCUUGGUGUGCAUCAUGUGAUUUUAACCAAUUAGUAGGCAAUGCCUACUCAUCAUUGGUUGAAAUCACACCAGAUGAUGCCAUUGGUAAAACGUAUCUUCCUUCAUCUAUUUGACUACAAAACAUAGAAACUCGCCAUUUUCACAUAAGUUGAUGUUGGGGUAGUGCUGAAGUGCUGAAUAUGAAGUAGACAUUUUUUUUUCUCAAUGUCCUUUAAGUCAUGCUUAUAAUCCUAUUAUAAUGUUGUGUUUAUGAAGGAGUUACACUGCCCUUAUGUAAUACCCUUCAUAUGACUCAGCUGUAACACCUGAUGCUGGGGCAGGCACAUACUGUAUUACCAUUAUUAUAGACUAGUCCAAUGAGUUUAGCAGUGUUUAGAUAUGUGAAUAUGUUUUAAGGCCAUACUAAAUGUGUACAUCUUCAAAAUAUAUGUAUUUCACUUGGCUGUUGUUGUGUCAAUAAUGCUGAUAUUAUGAUCAUGAUGUGACAUUAUAAGUGUUGUCCACCCUCUACCUUGAAACCGACGGUUGCAUUUUAGUUGUAAAAUGUCAUAAUGAUAAUACGCAGGUUUUGAACUCAGUUUAUAAUACAUUCAUUUGUGUGCCAAAUGAUGCUUCUGCAGUUUUCUACUCUGUUAGGUAAAUGUGAGCAGAGUUAUUGUUUGUGUAUUACCUUUGCUGAUAUAGAGUGUAAAAAAACAUGCUUAUGCAUCCCUGUGAGUAUGCUGUCUAGUACGUAACUGAUAUGAAAGGGCAAAAAACUGUCUUAAGGGCUUUAAUGUUUAAAUGUGCAGAUUUUAAAUGUCGAAACAAUAAAUUAAUGUCUGUUUUGAAA